AUGCAGUGCAGCUGCAGCUCCUCAGUGGGACACCUUUCAUCGCCUUACUGGAGCAGAAGUAAGAUUUUCUUUUUUUUGUUUGUUUGUCGACAUUUUGUUCGUGUUGUUCAGGAAAUGUUUCAUGUUUAUUUGACAUUUAAUUUGUAUUAUGUGCUGUGUAACUGUCUGUGGCACAACAGGGUGGUAAGAAAUAGACAAAUUCAUGUAAACAAAGAAACAUGUCAGGUACGACAAAUGAUGCAAACAAAGAUCAACCAAUCAGCAUCUGCGACUCAGAGUUGUGACUGAUUUUAAAAACUCUUUUAAAGCCCUAAUUUAGCUCUCAGAGAGUUGUCAUCUUGGUUUUUGCAGAACAGAAGGGACCAAACUAGAACCAUUUGAUAGUUUUUAAAAUAUGAAGCCGACAUGAAACUGCACUUCCUCAAGUGUCCACUAGGGGCUCGCUCCAAAAGCUCCAAAAGCCUCAUACACACCCAUUGAAAAAAGUGAUCUUUACAGAACUUGUAUAUUAAUCUUUGUCUAAGCUGCUCUAUUUAUCUGCACACUGUUAGAGGGGCACUUAGUUUUGUAACUCAUCGGUUUCAAAGGCGUUAAGGUCAAAUUUUGCACGAUUAGGAGCACAUAAAAAACGAUAUGUUGCAUUAAAAUGACUGAAACUGCACCUGAUUGAAUUUUGGAGUAAAAAAACAACAUAAUGAGAUUGAAGAUUGAGUUUCUUUUACAUGUUUCAUUUUGCACAAGAAAUCUAAGUGUUAUUUCAAUAGACUGUGUAUACUAUAGACAACUUGGUUCCGCCCUCCGCCAGGAUACGAAUUUGAAGCCGAAAAGCUCUAUAAUUCUGCGUUUUUUCUUCAUUUCCUCCAUUCUGUCGCUGUGAUGAUGCUCGGCUCGUACUGCGUAUCCCUCCGGUGAGCAACGCAAUCUUCGUAUGCCCAUAGUCUAUAUCAAGUGUCAAUCAUAGAAAACAUGAACCCCCUGAUAACUUUUAAAGACGGAGCUGCACAGAAAAAAAGAGGACUUGAGCAUUGGCGGAGGCGGGAUUUAUGACCUAUACUGCAGCCCGUCACCAGAGAGUGCUGUUCUCGGAGUGGCUUCACCCAGCGAGGAGGCAGACAGUGUCGAUUCUACAUACAGUCUAUGGUUAUUUCUUGUGGUUUAACCCUCGAUUGUCUGGCUGUUUAGGUUUCAGUCUGAUGAAAUCCACACAUAGAGGUAAACCCUGACAUCCUGAAUCUCCGAACGUAUUUUUCAGCUCCAGGUUUGUUUGGUGUCAUAAAUCAAGUAAGCAGAAUAUAAGCCGCACACUCUCCAUAAUCUUUUCUAAAUGUCAUGAGGAAAUGAAGAAUCCAAAGAUAUCAGCUGUGCCGGGACAAAACUUCAACCUGUGUGACAAAUCAUCAUGUUGAGAACCCGACAUAAUGAGCUGGAAACGGUUUUCUCAUAAUGAAGGAGUGAUUAGUGUGAGCUUACAAGAAAAGCAAAGCUUCACGAUCACACGGACAGAUAAUGGAAGAAGUAAUUACACAUACUCAUGUCCUCUCCGGCCCGGCACAACACUUCUAUUCACCAGCUUCUCUGCUUCAGAAAACAUGUUAAUUGCUAAUUUAGAGGGAUGAAAAGUUUCAUUUUCCCAUUUUUUAUUCUAUCAACAUCCAAUAAAAGCCAUUUGUGACACAUUGUUGUACAAACUAAUUAACAUAUUGUGAACAAAUAGCCAAACAAACGGGACAAUAAAAGACUCUCCAUACAGAAAAAAAAACCUACUUGGAGCUGAAACUAGCGUCUCACGGUAAAAUGUCUUUAAAAUGUGGAGCUGCGACAACCAGUUUGCUGGAGGAUGGAAACAGAGGCGGUUUAUUAGCACGGCUCUGUCAAAACAAAUAGAAAACGAGCCCAGGGCUGUGUCAAACCUCCAUGAAUAACAAACUGCAUCUCUAUUUCUCAGUUGCAUCAUAUUUACUGUAAAGUACCGAGCUCUGUAUUUUAAUCUUCGCAGGAAAGCAGAAGAAACUCUUUUCGAAAUGUCUCAACUUUAGCUGGAACUUACCCCGGGCUUACUAAUCAUGUCGUUUCAGUGGAAAAAGUCAGAACUGGAGUCAGAAUAAUGAAGACGUGUGCUGUCGUCUCCAUUUACAGAAUAACAAUAUAAGCAUUCAGGCCUGUGGUCGACUGAUGUUGGUUUUUCCACAGCUGAAGACGAUGUUGUUUACGUUUAAUGAUUACAUCAUGAUCUAAUAUACGUGGUUAUCUUGGACGAGAAGAUGGAUUUUUAAUUAGGGGUCGCCAAUUGUAGCCUUCAGUAUCGGCCAAUACUGAUAUUGAUCCGAUAUUGGCACAAACUUCUGCAUGACUUUUUUUGCACUCAGCUGUAAAGUUUUUUUUCGGACUGAAACGAAAAAUACUGCCUGAUCCUUUGAUACUUGAUACUUCGCUAGUACCUUAAUACACACUGUUGUUGUGAUCACUUCGAAUGCUGGAUCAGGGCGCUGCUAGCUAGAGAUGCCGAAGCGGAGUCUGGAAUGAACUGCUUGUAUCGGAGUGCUGAUAUCACAGAUCUUAGAUAAACGCCGAUAUUAUCCGAUAUUUGUUUUUUGGCUGAUAUCGGAUCGAUACAUGAUAUCAUCGUAUCGGGACAUCCCAAUUUUUAAUGAAUGCAUGGGUCAAGAUUGCAAAACAUGACUGAUAUUAAACUGCAUUAUUCUGCAGGUGGCUGUCUAACCCCCGAUUUCCACCACAUGCGGAGUGGCUACGAAAAGGCCGAAUCCACUGAUCGUAGCAGAUCGUAACCGUUCAAGUUAAUGUGUCAAUUUCCACCGUCUUCUUUCUGUUCUGCUUCGGAUCGCCACAAAAUAAACACAAAACAAGUGAAAGGUUUUUAGACAGCAUUUCACCCCGAUGACACCAUGGAUGAGAAGAUGCUGAUUGUAGAAGUCUAGAAGUAGAUUUCCUCCUCUGGAAGGACACAAUCUAUUGCUUAUAUGGUUAGCCUAUGUGGCUAAAGACAACUUGUUAUCGUGCGAUUGCACGCGAAUCCACGGGUGAAAAAAGCACCCUGAAAUUGAAGUUGUGAGUGCUGCUGGUGCAACAAAAUAUGAAGUUUUUCACUUUGCAUAUUUUAAAGUUUGAAAUAUAUUUUCAUUGCUGUCAUUUUUCAUCAAAUGAGGUAAACAAAUUCUCUUUUUUUUGCAUUUUAGCAUCCAAAAUUCUCCUGGAUAACAUUCACAGCUCAUACGAAACUAUGCACUCCAAGGGCAGCAGAAAAUUCCCGUUAUAAAUCAAUGAUGAGGUUAUCCAAGUCCAACAUCCAUCCACCGUUGACUCACAGUAUCUGACACUCCGAGGAAAGAGUUGAAAAGUUUAAAAAGCCUCCCUGUGGUGAAUCUCAUUUUAAUGAGCUCUUCGGGUAACACUAACGUCUCUCUAACACUGCAGACCCUCCGGAUCAGUCUGUUCCUUCAACCUAGUACCCCCAAAACAACCUCAAGCUGGACUGUACUACAAACUCGUCUUCAGGCGUCCUCAGCGUUGUCCAGCUGAUGUUGAACCUUUGUCUUCUUUCCAGUCGGUUGUAAAUGUACACCCCUCAGUUGACCCCCUUCGAUAAAAUCAGGAGUUUCUUCGAUCCCUCUCUAACAGGAAAAAACUCACAAACGUCCUUGUGUCCCUUCAGCUGUGCUUUUCCCAGACUGGGCCUACAAACCGGCCUGGUCGCCCGGUUCCAGGCAGGUGCAGCUUUGGCACUUCCUCCUCGAGCUGCUGGGGCGAGGCGAGGUCGGCGCCAUCGGAUGGGGAGGAGAGUGGGGCGAGUUCGUCAUCAGGGACCCCGAGAGGUUGGCCAGGCUGUGGGGCGAGAGGAAGGGGAAACCGCACAUGAACUACGACAAGCUCAGCCGGGCGCUCAGGUAAACAUCCCUCCAGGUUUUCCUUUUUGGUGGCCGAUUGGAACUCGGUUUACAGUAAAAACAACAUUAUGCAAAAUUUAUCCUCCCAUCCGGAGCGUCACAUCAGAGGAAUUAUUCUGCUUUAUGAAUAUGGACCAUCCUCCCUCUCUGUGCAGCUUCUCCCUGAGGCUGCUGCUGUGGUAAUUUCUUCGCCGACGAGCGUUUCUAAAUUAAAAUUUAAAAUCUAAAAUGCCUACAGAUGCAACACACGCCGUUUGGGAAUCAAAGCUGCGUGUGUUCCCGCAGCAUGCCCUGCAGGAGCGUGAGCGUAUACAUAAUAUAGAUAGAUAUAAACACACACAGAUCCUAAACAAACAGAGUUUGACACGCAAACGCUUUACUUCCAGAUACUACUACAACAAACGCAUCCUGCACAAGACCAAAGGGAAACGCUUCACCUACAAGUUCAACUUCAGCAAACUCAUCCUGGUCAACUACCCAGCAGGACACCCUCCGCCUCCUGCUCCUCCUCCUCAUCAUCAUCCACCACCAUCCAGCCAUCAGGUCAUCCCCACCUUUCAUUAUACCGAAACCUUUAUCAGUUAAUGUGAAAUUGACUCGCUGACCGAUCUCCGAACACAGAGAGGAUUCAGCGCCUCACACUCAUAACCAAACUCUCAGGUCAACUAUCACCUUUUUUUUUUAAAGCGCAGCACUUUGUUUUAUUUCAUGAUUAAUUCCCUAAAAGCAAAUCUCUGUCAGCUGAAGUGGGAAAGUGCUGCAUAAGUGGAGCCCAUUAGAUGAUUUACUGAUCACUGACUCGAACUCUUAAUAUCAUGUGUUGUUAAUAAGUUUAACCACAUUUCAGCUUUUAAAAAGGACAAAAUUCGAUGCUGUUCGGUUGAUUAACUUCUUUAAAACAUUUCUACCUCCUUCAAGGUUCGAUCUGAAGGAUAUGUCUGAGGUCAAGUCGGUUAAAGAUCUCUAUUCCUCCUGUGCAUCAGACUGUGUAGCGAUGAUAAAAAAAGGUCCAUUUGUUCAUUUCAAACAUCCUCCCAUCUCAUCCUCCAUCCUUCCACCCUCCAGCUGGUACAGAGCGGCCCUCUCCCCUUCCCUCUCCUCCCCUCUGAGAGCGGUCUUCCUCUGCGUGGAGGAUCGGUGAUGGACAGAGGUAAGGACGCGUCGAUUAGUGAGUCCGAACAAUCUGUGUUUUUGUCUGAAAAGCUCGGAUAUUCGUCCCAAAAAAAGAGUUAAAAUUAUUAUAAAUGUGUUUGAUUGUCAGAAAAUCUCAUGAAAUUGAACUAGAACUAAUUAUGUGUUUUAUCUGUCUGCACUAUCCCGUCUGCGGCUCCCAUCCCAGAGUCACUCGGUUUCUAUACUUCCUAAUGAGUCCUCUGUGUGUGAAGAUAAACUUAAAAUAUCCAAACCGUCAGAUUGUGCUGUCAAAGAGUCUGCACAGCCAAAAAAAAGAAAAAAAGAUAAUAAUAUACAGAGAAAAUAGCUGCAGGAGGUGAAUAACCGGCACAUUUUAACGAUGCUGGAGUCAGAUUUAAAAUUUACAUUGAAGGUAAUUAAAGACAGGCAGUAAUUUAUCAGUUUGAGGGCAUUAAAUCUCUGAUUUUUCAUUUUUAUUCAUAAAACCAAACAUAUUUUAGUCACGUACAGAUAUUAUUCACCAUUUGUAUUAAUAUCUACAGUAUGGAUCUGUCAUUUGCAGCCCAGCAAACAUAAAAAUUCACGAUAUAAUGUGGUCACACCUGUCUGCUCCUCUGAACUAAUGCUGCUUUCCAGUUGUAACAACUGACAACAGCUAACAACAACUGACAACGGCUAACAACAGCUGACAACGGCUAACAGUAGGCGUCCUUCUUGGUUUUCUGAUUUCCAACUUGUUAACUGGAACGCCGUCAACUCAGGUGUGACGUCAUUCCUAGCUCCGACAUCCGACUUCCGCAGUAACUGGAAAGCAGCACAAGUACCAGGAGAUAAAAGCUAAAGUCGUGGUAUUAACUUUUUAAAAUGGUGACAUUUUACUGAGUCAAUAAACCUUGUAAAAUGCUGGUUGGAUUGAAAAUGUUUAUCGAUUUGAGACACCAAGUGAAGUAGUCACACCUCAAGGCUUAUUGGGCCCCACUGACGGUGUAUUUCUAGAGAAAGCAGUCUCACUGAAAGGUCAUUUUUCACUCUUAACAAAGAAUCCAGGCCUUAGUUUAGGAUGGUAAUAUCUCAAAACAAGAUUUUAAUUUGAUAAAUAUGGCUUUAACGUCUCAAAUGAACACUUUUUACUAGAGAUAAGGGGGAAAAUCUCGCUUAUAUGUCAGUUUUUGCAGCACUCCAUCCAUCAGUAUGGCUGAUUCAUGCAGCCAGCCACCAGGGGGAGCUCUAAGUCUUUUGGUCUCACAGCCUGUAAACACUUCAGACAUCAGAUUAACACACACAGACAGGUCCUCAGAUAGUAAUAGGUGGGUUUGAUCAGGUUGAAGAUCCGUCAUCUUGUUAUUCAGUCACAGCAGAGAUGAGUGAGAGGACAACAUGAACCGAUCAGCUCACACUCGCUCCAGCUUAACCUGAACAAAGACUUGGUAAUUAACGAUGAUGUGGGUCUGUAUUUGGAUGUUAAUUGUAGCAAAAAUCAGGCUUUAAACUCAAGAAAGUUUGUCCUUAAUCUCCACAAACACUCCAAACAGAAACUGCAGUAGAAGAUUAAAAUUCAUUUAAAUGUUUUCCACUUUUCCUCCAUCGUCUUCAGACUCAUAUUCACUCCAGUUUAUCACCACUGAACGCUCUUAAAAGCCUUUCAAGUCCUCAAGUGUCUUUUAAUCCAAACUGCAGAGAAACCACUUUUCUUUUUCUGUUUUUUAUUUGCAUGAUUUUUUUUCAUAUUUCGGGAGUUUCUGGAGAAAAACACUGAGCGUUAACCUUGAAGCUCCCGGUGUAUUUUCUGAGUGAUUAAAUCCCGCACUCUGAGAUCAAAUAGAUGUAGGUUUUGAGAUUUAACUCCACAAACAUCUCCCCUUUUUUACACCCUACACUUUAUGAACUAUAUUCCUGCAGGUUUAUGCUGCAGUUUGCAUUGAGUAAUUGCUGUCAGCCCCGGUUUAUACGCCGUAAUUGUGCAGCUCUGAUGAGAUAAAAGCGACAGAUGAAAUAAAAAGGAGUUUCUUAUGACUGAAACAUCUUACCUUGAACUCCUCUCACUUGUCUUUUUCAGUCUCUCUCUGCAGUUCGUUUCUUAAGAUGAAAACCUUCGACUUAAAAACAUCAAGUGAACCUUGAGAAAAGCUUUUAUUUCUGAACCACUGAGCUUGAGAUUUCUUUAUUUUCUUUCACGAGGUGUGCCAUAAAAAUGUCAAAUAUGUGAAAGUUAUAUAAUACGCCAUGAUAUUUAUUUCUGUGAAGUGCUCCACUGCUUCAUUAACUUCAUUCAGAGCCGAGAGUCUGUGGAGAAAUUAGAAUGUAGACGUGUCUUUCUAACUGUGGCUAAGAGCACCAACCUGAACUUUCACAAAGGUGUAUUUAAAGGUACUAUAAGGGGCUUUUAACAGGUUGAAAAACAGUAUAAAAACCUGAUGGUGAUGCCACUUAAUGACCUUUAAAAGCAAAAAAAAAAUCAACAACAACAAAAAAAGGCUGAUAUUUUCCUCUGAUGUGAUUUCUGAUCGUCAGGGGGAGGAGUCAGACCUGAUGAUUGACAGCUGGCAUUAGAAACGGCCUUUUUUUACUUUUCCCAGAGUAAAAUGACAUAUUUAGCUGUUGACAUAAACAUCCACAUGCAUAAGACAAGAGAGAAGAGGUUUGGCAUUGACCACAGGGGGGCGCCAAACCAACACAAACCUAAAGUUCCUUAUUGUGGCUUUAACAACACCUCAGAGAAGAGAGUUAUUUCCUCCUCCUUUGGGACUGUUUUGUAACUUUAAAGCUCCUGUGGUGUAGGGAGUUUUUUUUGCAGUAUUACAACUUUAUCUUAAAGGGAUAAUCUGGUGUAAAAUUAAGUUAGGGCCAUCCACCGUAACAUUGAGUUAGACACCCCAUCGAGAGAUGGAUGUUCCCGACCGUUUGCUUCUCUCGUUAAACCAACUUUAGUAAUGACCGCACGAUAGCAACAUACAGAGGGCCACGGUGUGUUUGACACUGACUUAAUUUUACGCUAGAAUAUCCCUUUAACUUUUUUCUAAUUCAUUCACAGCCUAAUUUCCGUUUAACUUUUAAUUCCAGUCAACUUACAACUUACUUUUCGGUAAAUAUAGUGAUGUUUUACUGAUUGUUUUGACACCUUUUCCUUCGUCGAGGACUUGUGCAGUUUUAUUUCUCUCCUGUUUCACAACCGACCUCUGUCUCUCUCUCUUUUAGCAGUCCUCCCCAUACCUCACCCCCUCCUGCUCCCCUGCUGCCUCCCUAAGUACCUCCCGAUGCCCCACACCAUCCACGGCCACCUCCCCUUUGUUCCCGCUCCUGCACGUCUGGGACCCAACCUGGAGGAGCUGAGGGAGUCCGGUCUACCACCUCUGACCUCGGCCCUCCACCUCGGCGCCAACGGGUGGCCGCACAAGAGCCCCACGCUGGGUUGGGAUCACCUAAACCACAUCCGUCGGGACCUGUUUGGUGGAGUGAAGCAGACUGAAACUGAGGGAGAGGGAGGGAGAGGGGGGAGUGACACACAGACGGGGGAGAGAGAGUGA